UUUUUUACGACAACCGACGCUUCAAAUCAACACAAAUGCGCUCUGGGAACAUUUAACUUCACAUUUUAGAGGCAAAAGUCAGCGUGCUCUGCUCUCCACAUAUCUCUGGUCCUCUGUGCUCCUCUGCUCAUCGGAGACGGGAGGAGCCAUGGAGUGGGAUGAGGAUUCGGACGAGGAGAUGAUAGCUGUCCUCAAUCAGGACCCCGAUGCCUUCCCUCCUGAAGAUGAUCAGGUGGAGGUGUGGGACGAGCCGCUGCUGGACACUGAGGCCUCGGAGUCCUUUGAGCUGGACACUCCAGCGGAGAGGAGCGGACAUGUGGCUGUGGUGGACCGCAGUGCUAUGUAUGUGUGGGGCGGAUACAAGAAUGCCCAAAACCAUGGCUAUUUUGACCUCUACCUGCCCCGAAAUGAGAUCUGGAUGUACAGUAUGGAGACUGGAGAAUGGUCCAAGCAUCUGGCUGGGGGAAACCUCCACACAUCCAUGUCCGGCAGCUGCGCCGUAUGUGUGGAAGGAGUACUCUACCUGUUCGGAGGCCACCACGCCAGAGGCAACACCAACAGGAUCUACCGCCUGCCCCUGCGUGGUCCGACCCUCACCUGGGAGGAGAUGAGGGAGCUCACAGGAACCCCUCCCUCAGCCAAGGACAAGCUGGGCUGCUGGGUCUACAGAAACAAGAUCGUGUACUUUGGCGGCUAUGGCUAUGCUGCUCAUGAACACAGAGGAACUUUUGAAUAUGACGAAUCCUCUUCACUCAUGUGGGACAGCCCAGGACGAGGCUGGAACAACCACGUCCAUGUGUUAGACCUGGAGACCCUGAGCUGGAGCCAGCCCAUCACCACGGGCAACAGUCCAUCUCCUCGAGCUGCUCACGCCUGUGCCACAGUGGGAAACAGAGGUUAUGUGUUUGGAGGACGAUAUAAAAAUUUCAGACUGAAUGACCUGUACUACCUGGACCUGGACACAUGGCAGUGGCAUGAAAUGAGUGUCCCACAGGGGGGGCCAGUGGGGCGGUCGUGGCACUCCUUCACCCCUGUGUCCCAGGACCACAUCUUCCUGUUCGGAGGCUUCACCACAGAGCGCGACACCCUCAGUGAUGCCUGGUUGUACUGUGUCAGCAAGAAUGAGUGGAAGCCGUUCAAUCACAGCCACACUGAAAAUCCAAGGUUGUGGCACACGGCGUGUCCUGGGCCUGAUGGAGAAGUCUUUGUGUUUGGAGGCUGUGCCAACAACCUGCUGUCCCACCAGAGAGCGGCUCACAGCAACAAACUACUGAUCUUCAACGUUCAGCCCAAGUCCCUGCUCAGGUUCUGUAUGGAGUCCAUCAUUGAGCACCGCGAAUGCCUGUCUGCCUCCUGGGACUGUCUGCCCAAGCACCUGCUGCACAGCCUCAAGCAACCUCAAGCAAGCCUCAAGAGGAUGAGUCUGCUCAACACACUGGGCUCCUGAGGACUACAGAACCGCUGCCAUCUUUGUAGUCCUGAUGGGUGUACAGGAUAUGCUAGUCUGUUCAAUCCAUAUGUGUAUCGCUGCAACGCAAGUAAAGCAAGGCGGAAGUGUGGAUGCCAUCAGAGAGGGUGCAAAAGGUUCUAUGACGAGGGGAGAAACUGUAUUGAUCUUUGUUUGGAUUGUCAAAUUAGAGGAGUCUAGAUUGUCAUGUGUUUGGGAGUUUGUGGGCUGCUUCUUUAGUGUCGAAAGAAAAGCUGUUUUAAAGGCACUGUACCUGAUUUUUACUGUCUUAAAAACGUGACAAACAGAACUAGUCCAUUCUGAGCAUCAUAAACUCAUCACGGUGAAUAAUUAGAAGUGCUUUAAACAACUCUCAAGACAAGAGCGGAGUUUUGCUCUGUAGGUAAAAGAAAACUACGUUAGCAACAUCAGCAAAUAGCAUGCUAACGUGCACGUCCUUAUUACUGGACAAUAAAAUGUUUUAUACUUGGUUGUAGGCAGUACGCAGCUGACCUAUCUGGACCUCAAGAGUUGUUUAUACAUUAUCUGCACUGGGGCAAAUACAUGGAAAAAAAUCGGGUACGCAGCCCUUUUAACAAGAUUAACACGAUUAAGACUGUGUACACUCUAGUCCUGUUUAAGUCCUGAAUGUAGCCUUGGUUUGGUCCGGUUCUAGUCCAGGUUUCGGUCCGGGUUUAGUCCCAAUAUUAAUGUGAGGUAAGCGAGGGUGAAAGUUGCUACGUUAGCAAGCUAGCCCCAUUCAUGCUAAUCUAAUGCUAAUCUGAACACAGGAGAAUUGUUUUUUUCUGACUAUAAUUAAAUAUGAGUGAAAAAUUGCCUUUAAACACAAGCAUGUUUCAAGUGGUAUUUCUGUAGAGGUCUAAACUACAGGACAAUCUUUAUAAUAUGUUGGAGUAUUUUUUAUUUAAUUUUCUUUUCACUCAGUGGCCCUUCAUCUGUUGUUAUUUUGGAAUUGGCUUUCUUCUGGUGGCGGGAGUCCUGCUUCCUGCCUCCUGUGUCUCCAUAGAGAUGUUAUUGCUUUGCCCGCAAUGUUCCCCAGUGUAACAUUAUACUUAUCCAUCUUGCAUUUAUGUUGUCACAGAUGUUUUAACAUUUUAUUGCUUAAAAAUGCCAUGGCAAAACAUGCAUUAAGCGGAGUCAGCUCUCCACAGAUCUGACCUAUAACUUGGUCUAGUGGAGUUGCCUGCAGCUUGUCUCCACAAAUGAGCCAUAAUAUAGAACUUUCUAGGCAUAGAAAUAACAUCUCCAUGGAGACAAGUAGGUGGCCAGAAACGUUACAUAGUGGACCUUUAAGCUGUUGCGAUAUUGUGGAAAAAAGAAAAAUGUAGUUCAAGCAAUUUUAAUUUUGAAUCACUAACAAUGAACUGCUAUUUUGCAUUUAACUAAUUACGUUUGAUUUAUGUGUUCUUAAAGUACAAUAUGGAUUAUUUGUCUUGGGGGUGGUGCAUGUAUGUGUAUGUCACCAUGGUAUGUAUCUACAGAAGAUUCCACCACAGUGUACAGGACAUAAACACAGCCUGUGAUUUCAGACUAAAUCUAAAAACUUAAAACAAUACAAAAUGGAUUUAAAUGCCACUUAUCAAUACGAGCGUUCACGGUUCUGUUCAAGCACAAAUCAGCUCAACAACUAAGGCAGUUCAUUAGGGUCAGAUUGUGUUAAAACAAAGCUCAGAUUAAAAUCUUAGACAGAGCAGUGCCUACAGUUAGCACCACCCCCCAUAGAAUCUACAAAGCAUCAGUACUUGUAUCAGAGUAAACAUUCUGUAGGCUAAUUCAGUUAUUGAUAUUAUGAAAAGAUUCAGAUGAUUAUAAAUUACUAUCACAACUAUACAAAAUGUGCGUUUAACCUCUGAAUCCAACAUGUAAAUAUGUACGAUUAUUAUUUAUAAAAGUGUGUUUGUUUUAAAGUGAUUUCUGUGUGUCUUAAAUGCUUCAAAUUGGCUACUCCACUAGAACGCUAUUUUACAGUUAAUUAAGAGCUACAAGUGCACUGAAAUCCCAAUGUUUUGAUUUGCUUGGUUUGCACAAUGACUUUUGAAAUUGUGAAUAAAAAAUACACU